AUGUCCCUGAAGCUACUCUUUUGUCGCCGACUAAAAGGCCGCACUACACGACAGGAAUCUGCACAUAUACGGCGGAAAUUGAGUCCCACUGAAGAGGAAUCUCUUAUUCAAUGGAUAAUAUCUAUGGAUCAACUCCCUCCAAGGCCUGAUGCUGUACGACAAAUGGCCAAUAUUCUUCUUGCUGAGCGGGGUAAAUCAGCUACUCCACCUACUGUUGGCAAAAAUUGGGUUCACAACUUUCUCAACCGCCAUAGUGAGCUCAAAACCAAAUAUUUUCGUAAAUACAACUAUCAACGAGCCCAAUGUGAAGAUCCGAAGGUCAUUCGAGAAUGGUUUCAGUGUGUACGACAAGCAAUUGAGCAGUAUGGGAUUGUGGAGGAAGAUAUCUACAACUUUGAUGAGACUGGCUUUGCAAUGGGGGUAAUUGCAACUGCAAGAGUCAUUACUAGGGCUGAGAAUAUUGGUCGUCCAGUUCAUAUGCAGCCUGGGAAUCGCGAAUGGGUCACAGUGAUUGAAGCAGUCAGUUCAUACAGAUGGGCUCUACCACCUAUAGUUAUCUUUGCGGGGAAAACACAUCAAGCGGCAUGGUUUCAAAAUAAUCAACUACCCCCAGAUUGGGUCAUUGGAGGGAGGUAUCGGAUGUUGAUUCUUGAUGGUCAUGGGAGCCAUUUAACCCCAGAAUUUGACCAUUUUUGCACUGAGAACUCUAUUAUACCUCUUUGCUUGCCAGCCCAUUCUUUGCAUCUCCUACAACCCCUAGAUGUGGGCUGUUUUUUAGUUUUAAAGAGGUCAUACGGUGGCUUGGUUGAAGAGAGUAUGCGGCUUGGGAUCAAUCAUAUCGACAAGACAGACUUCCUAACUGCAUACCAAAAAGCUCGCAUGGAGGCAUUCAAAUCAGAGAAUAUUCGCAAGGGAUUUGCAGCCACUGGAUUGGUUCCAUACGAGCCUGAUCAGGUUCUUUCUCGGCUUCAUGUUCAGAUGAAGACUCCAACACCCCCUGGUACCAGCCAGGGCAAUCCACAAACCCCUUGGGUAUCUGAGACACCUCAUAAUAUUGAAGAAUUGCAGCUUCAAUCUGAGACAAUCAAAGCCCUACUCAAAUGUCGCACGCACAGUCCUCCAAGUCCUACAGAUCGGGCUUUAAAUCAGCUUAUUAAGGGCUGCCAAAUGGCCAUGCAUAGUGCAGUCAUUCUUGCAAGGGAAAACCAAGAAUUACGGGCUGCAAAUGAGAAACAAAAACAAAAGCGAAUAAGGUCAACUGCUCAGGUAUCUCAGGGAGGCAUUCUUACUAUACAGGAAGGGCAACGUCGUACAGAAACUAUUCAAAAGGAUGCUCCAGAGGUAGUUGAGGCUUCAUCUUCUCAGCCAAAGACACGCGCCCCUUCGCGAUGUAGUAGUUUUUAA